UCGACAAAGUUGGGCAACUAGAGCAUUCAAGGACCCCGAUAAGUGUAUAACCUGGAAUUUCGAGUUUUAGCCUACUACAUGAGAUAUCCCUUAUUUUAAGACCUCCUCGGCGUCCAUCCGAAUCGCAUAAAUGACUGACCCCAUGACAACCGGACAGGGUUUUCUGUCAGAAACAAUGAUACAAGAAGCCCUACGAGAAGGACUUGGCUACAUCACCGGAAACAUGUUUCAUGCAGAGGAAGAAGACAGGACCAUUCGAUUUGUAGGGGCUUUCAUCAGGAUAUCUAAAAGAGGUACCAAACCACUGGAGCUCACAGAUAUUGCGGAAAUUCGAGAGUUUCGGAUUCCUGCUGGAUAUUAUGCGGAAGUGAUAGAUGGGUAUGCAAAGCUGACCAAAUGCGGUCCAUCUCCAGUGUUUGGAGAAUCCUGUAACCCUCAGACCGACCAACCUUCAAACUAAUCGACAUAUCUUCGCUCUCUCCGAAAGGUAUUAGCAAUGUUAAGCACUCUGUGGUCGAUAUCUGCGACCUAAUUUCCAUCUGCCACUGAUUGCUAGCCCGGACAGCGUUGUAAAACAGUGCGGCCAAAAUCGGUACAUGUGUAAUAGGCGGUUUUGAAAAUAUGUACUUUAUGUCUGUAACCUUUUAGGCUUCGUUUUAAGUGUAACUUUUGGGUCAUGCUUACGCCUAGGAGUCUGCAUGGUCUGUGUUUCCACGAAAGUCUCUCGUUCUUGUCCGAUUGCUGACUGUUGCCUAACAGUAGAGGCAGAGGAAUGCGAUAGAGAGAGAUUAAAUUGGUCUGUGCUGUUCAUUUCGUCGACGUUCAUACCGUAAAAUUC